GCUCUGGCGAGGAGCUGAAGGCCUGAAGCCUAAAAAAAAAAAAAACCCGCUCCAUAGUAGAUUUAUAAACUAAACUAACAGCGAGACCGGCGUGGUGGAGUGUGAGCUGUGGUGCGUGUGUGUGCGUGUGUGCGCGCGUGUGCGCGCGUGUGUGUGUGUAACUGGUUGUGAUCACUCAUCUCACUCUGUCCUGCUGAUCCUCCGACUCCUUCGCCCUGAACUGCGCACACACUGAUACAGACACACACUGGGACACACACAAACACAGCAUGAAUGAGGUUAGUGUGGUCAGAGAAGGUUGGCUCCACAAGAGAGGUGAAUACAUUAAGACAUGGAGGCCGCGGUAUUUUAUCCUAAAGAGUGAUGGGUCGUUUAUCGGUUAUAAAGAGAAACCUGAUGUGUCUGAGCCAAACCUGCCCCCCCUCAACAACUUUUCUGUAGCAGAAUGCCAGCUGAUGAAGACAGAGCGGCCACGUCCCAAUACGUUUGUUAUACGCUGCCUUCAGUGGACGACGGUUAUUGAAAGAACGUUCCAUGUGGACAGUAAGGUUGAGAGGGAGGAGUGGAUCCGAUCGAUCCAGGCUGUAGCAAAUGGACUGAAGACGCGAGAGGAGGAGGAACCGAUGGACAUUAACUUCAGCUCUUCAGGAGACAGCAGCAUGGAUACAUGUACAGCGAAAUCGCGCAGCAAAGUGACAAUGAGUGACUUUGACUACCUGAAGCUGCUGGGUAAGGGCACAUUUGGGAAAGUGAUCCUGGUCAGAGAGAAGGCAACAGGGGUGCAUUAUGCCAUGAAGAUCCUGAGGAAGGAUGUCAUCAUUGCUAAGGAUGAGGUGGCGCACACGGUCACAGAGAGUCGAGUGCUGCAGAACACCAGGCACCCCUUCCUUACGACACUAAAGUAUGCCUUCCAAACACACGACCGACUCUGCUUUGUCAUGGAGUAUGCUAACGGAGGCGAGCUGUUUUUCCAUCUGUCCCGUGAACGCGUUUUCACAGAAGAUCGAGCACAGUUUUAUGGAGCUGAAAUUGUUUCUGCACUUGAGUAUCUACACUCACGGGAUGUUGUCUACCGAGAUUUGAAGCUGGAGAAUCUAAUGCUGGAUAAAGAUGGACACAUUAAAAUCACAGACUUUGGUUUGUGUAAGGAGGGAAUUACCAAUGAAGCCACCAUGAAAACCUUCUGUGGAACUCCAGAGUACCUUGCUCCUGAGGUACUGGAGGAUAAUGAUUAUGGGCGGGCAGUAGACUGGUGGGGUUUGGGUGUGGUCAUGUAUGAAAUGAUGUGCGGUCGACUGCCAUUCUAUAAUCAGGACCACGAGCGGCUGUUUGAGCUUAUCCUCAUGGAGGAGAUCAGGUUCCCCCGCAGCCUGUCACCUGAUGCCAAGAGCCUGCUUGCUGGCCUGCUCAAGAAAGACCCUAAACAAAGGUUGGGAGGAAGUAUUGAAGAUGCCAAAGAAGUGAUGGCUCACAAGUUUUUCUCCUCCAUCAACUGGCAGGAUGUACUGCAGAAAAAGCUCAUCCCCCCUUUUAAGCCUCAGGUGACGUCAGAGACUGACACUCGCUAUUUUGAUGAGGAGUUCACUUUGCAGACCAUCACUGUCACACCGCCUGACCAGUAUGAUGGUUUGGAUGUGGAGGACUCGGACACACGCCCACACUUCCCCCAGUUCUCUUACUCUGCCAGUGUACGAGAGUGAUGGAGAGACCUACACAGACAUGCGCGCAUACUCUCACCAGCAAAAAAGAUAUCAUUGCAGCACACACCUACACUCGCGCGCGUGCACAGUCUCACCAGCGGCAUAGACACCAAAAGAACAUCCAUUCAUACACACUGUUACCAGCAAACUGGAAACCAGAUACACAUGCACACUGUCACCAGCAAAUCAAAUACCAUGGCAACUAACUUACUGCAUUCAGCAGUCUGUUGACGAGGCCUCAAUAAGCUGCGUCUGAUCCAAAUUGGUCCUCCAGGUUGUCUGUUACACUACACACUGUUCACACCUUUUAAUAAAAUGAGUCAUAGACUCAUGGAGUUAAACACCUCAGAAACGGCAUAUGCUGUAUGCAUAUACACACACACACACGUGCGCACACUUUCUUGUAUGCACGUUUUAACAAAGUUUAAAAAGAAGUAGAACUUCAGAUUGUUACAGUUUUUAAUACAGGAAAAAAAUGCACGUAUGAUGCCAUCCUGCAGUGCAAGUGCCCUUUUUAUGCAUUGUUGUUACUGUGGUGUUUCAACAACGCCUACUGCUGAUAGUGCGUGCGUGCAUAGCGGUUUUGUGUGAGUGGUUGUGUGUGAAUGUGUGUCUAUGUUCUGAAUGUACAUCAAGUGUGUGUUUGUAUUGAUUGGAUUUUGUACAGGACCCAUGAUGGGGGGGGGGGGGG